GCCGCGCUUGCGCCGUCCCGGCCGGUGGAGGAGGUCCCCCCUGACCCCAGCCAUGGCUCCCAGGAACCAGACGACUCCAGCAAGAUAGGAGGGAAGAGGCCUUGGGACUGGGCGUGGCCUGCCUCUCCAGACCGCACCCCAGGAGUGGGGAAGAUGCUGGGGACACAGAUAUCAUUUGAGGAUGUGGCUGUGGAUUUCACCUUGGAGGAGUGGCAGCUACUUGAUCCUACUCAGAAGAUCUUGUACAGGGACGUGAUGUUGGAGAACUACAGCAACCUGGCCUCCUUGGAAGUCUACCUAGAUAAUGAUCUCAAAAUGUGGCACCAGGAUAAUCAACACAAGCUUAAAAGUGUGGAGAAAGAACAUGAAUAUGAUAUUUUUGGGAAAAUAUUUCACUCAAGCAUUAACUUUGUUCAUGUAGGAACGAGACCCCCUCAGUGUGUCACAGGCAAAAAAUAUUUGAAACAUCCUUUUAAUUUUAUUAUUCCAAAAAAUAACUGUGGAAGAAAGAAACUUGAUGAGCUCAAUAAUAAAUCGCUAUUUUAUAUCAAACCUAACAGAACUCACUGUGGAACAAAAUAUUGUGAGUGCAAUAAAUGUAGACAAGUCGGUGGGAUAGUGUCCUGGCUCCUCACAAACCACGUAACACACACAGGAGUCUGUUCAUGCCCCGAAUGUGGCAAAGUCUUUAACAAGAAGUCACAGCUCAUCGUACAUCACAGAACUCACACAGGCGAGAAGCCGUAUGGAUGCAGUGAGUGUGGGAAAGCCUUCUCCCAGAAGUCACUGCUCACUAUUCAUCAAAGGACUCAUUCAGGAGAAAAACCGUAUCAGUGUGGAGAAUGUCAAAAAGCUUUCAGCAGGAAGUCACCGCUCAUUCUGCAUCAGAGAACUCACACGGGAGAGAAGCCCUAUGGAUGCAGCGAGUGUGGGAAAGCCUUCAGCAGGAAGUCACAGCUCAAAAGACAUCAGAUAACCCACACAAGAGAGAAACCCUUUCAGUGCAGUGACUGUGGGAAAGCUUUCUCCCAGAAAUUAAAGCUCAUUACUCACCAGAGAGCACAUACAGGCGAGAAACCCUGCAAGUGUGGAGAUUGUGGAAAAGCCUUCUUUUGGAAGUCCCAGCUUAUUACUCAUCAGAGGACGCACACAGGGAAGAAGCCUUAUGCAUGCAGCGAGUGUGGGAAAGCCUUCAGCAGGAACUCACUGCUCAUUAGGCACCAGAGGAUCCACACUGGAGAGAAACCCUAUGGGUGCGGCGAAUGUGGUGAAGCCUUCAUCAGAAAACCACAACUCAUUAAACAUCAAAUGCUUCACACUGGAGAGAGGAACUAUCGGUGCUCUGAAUGCGAAGAAGGCUUUUAUAAGAAGUCAGAGCUCAUUAGACAUCAAAAACUUCACUUAGGUGAGAAACCUUAUGGCUGUGUUGAAUGUGGAAAAACCUUCUUUGGGAAGUCACAGCUCCUAACACAUCAGAGAACACACACUGGAGAGAAACCGUAUGAAUGCAGUGAGUGUGGGAAAGCCUUCACCCAGAAGUCAAGCCUGAUAUCACAUCAGAGAACACACACAGGCGAGAAACCCUACGAGUGCAGUGAGUGUGGGAAGACCUUCAGUGAGAAGUCAAGUCUCAUUCAUCACCAGAGAACCCAUACUGGGGAAAAACCCUUUGAGUGUGAUGAAUGUAGGAAAGCUUUUGCCUGGAAACCGCAGCUCCUUCGGCAUCAGAGAAUUCACACGGGAGAGAAGCCCUACGAGUGCAGUGAGUGUGGGAAAGCAUUUGUUCAGAAAGUGCAGCUCAUUAAGCAUCAGAGAAAUCACACAGGGGAGAAGACCUAUGGAUGCAGUGAUUGUGCAAAAGCUUUCUUUGAGAAGGCACAGCUCAUCAUACACCAGAGAAUUCACACAGGAGAGAGACCCUACAAAUGUGGUGAAUGUGGGAAGUGUUUCACGAGAAAGUCACAUCUUAUGAGGCAUCAAAGAAUCCACACUGGAGAUAGGUACUAUGGGUGCCCCAAAUGUGGGACAGCCUUCAGCCGGAAAGCACAGCUCCUGACCCAUCAGAGAACGCAUACGUAGGUGCCGUAUGUGCAGGCACAGGCAGCCUGUGCCCUCAGUCAUCCCCUCUGGCAUUCUGAGGGCAUGUGCAGCAGAGAAGACCUGUCAGUGGAGUGGCUGACAGUUGCAAAUUGUUUGUGGUAAGACGAGUCCACUAGACAGAAUUUUUAAAGGAGAAGAGUGUUUUUUAGAAAGAAGACAAUAUAAGCAAACCUUUUUCCAGGAAAUACAAUUUCCUGCACAUCGAUGACUCCUCAGCGUGGGAGUCUCGUCAGUACUAGGAUAGUACAGGACCUUUCAGCUAACUUACAGUUCAUUCAUGUGCAGAAGACCUCAACAGGAAGAGAACUCUGGUAACAAGUGAGUGGAGGAUUUCAUCAAGAAAGGAUACCUCACAGUACAAUAAAGAUGCAAAAAGGAAGUCCUGAGUAUUAUAGAGAUUUCAUUCUGAGGAGGAGUGCUGAAAACUUGGAGAAUUUGACAAGCAUGAUCUUGUUGAAAUCGUCCCAUAAAGAAAUGAUGAUAUAUAAAUUUUUUUAAAAAGUCACUUUUAAAUGAUAGAUGUUUUUAAAUGUGACAGGGUCUGCUUUCUGCCCUGGUGCUAUAACACGGCCUAGAUUAACACCCUUGCCUUAAACAGAAACUGUGCACACAUGGGAAGUGAUGGUGUUUGGGUGUGACAGGUCCACGUUACCUGCAAGAAGAUGGACAAACAUGGUGAGAAGAGCCCACGGUUGCCUUGCUCCUCCUGGUGGGGCCCCCAGCCUGCAGCUCACAGGCAGUACUACCUGGUCCUGCUGAGUUGAAGAGAAUUGCUGAGUUGGCACCUGGGGAGGCCAAGGUAGCUAGAAUUUGCUGGGGAAAGUACUGAAAAGGAGGGUACUUCCAAGAAAGGGCUACAGGAAACUAAAAGGAGUCCCCAAUUAUCUUGGCUUAGAAGUGAUUGACCGAAGUGUGGGUUUCCUGGAUAUAUCCAGGAAGUGUGGCCCGUGUCCAGGAAGUGGCGCUGCAAGCAGUAGCUGAGCAGUCCUGGGGCUCAGCUCGGCCCAGAGGAGCUCAUAUCCCACCAGCCAGAGUAGACACAGCCUCUAACGCGGACUUUAACGGAAUUCCCAAAGUGGGAUGUCUUGGUCAUGAGUGAUGGACCCUAGAUUGAAAACUUCUCUGGAAACACAAUGUCUGGACCCCAUAACUUACCCAACAUGCAGAGAAGCAGGAAAAUAAGGCCUGUAACCAGGGGGAAGUGAGUCAAUAGGAGGAUUGGAAUUUGUAAACAGGGAGGUUCAAAUAGUAUCACUAAUAUAGAGGGGAAAAUGAAUUCGUUGAAACGUGAAGUGGAAACUACACUUCUUUAAAGCCCAAGCAGAAUUUCUUAGAAUGAAAACAGUAUCUGAAAAUUUGAAAAUAACAAAAUAAAAAACAGAUUAGACAUCGAAGGGGGAAAAAAAUCAAUGAACUUGGAGUAAGAAUAAAAGCUGUCCAAUUGCAUGUACAGAGGGAAAAAAGACUGAAAAUAAAAAACAAAGAGAAUAGGGAUUCUAUUAUGCAUGUAUAGAAGAGGCAAGUAAAAUGCAUGUAUAGAAGAGGCAUGUAUAGAAGAGGCAAAUAAAAUGUUUCAAUAAAUAAUGCUAAAAACUUUUCAGGUAUAAUGAAAGGUUUAACUCCACAUGUUCAAGAAGCUGAAAAACCCCAAAACAGAAUGUACAAAGAAAAUCACGCCACUAUGCAUCAUAAUGAAAACCAGUGAUUGAGAACAAGGGGAAAGCAGCAAGACACACCUAAGGUGAGUCCGGGCCUGGUCAGAGGCCACAGCGGAAGACGUCCGCGUCUGAACUGAAUGAAAAAAUAAUCACUGUGUCCAGGGGUUCUGCAGCCUCUUAAAAACAUCUUUGAAAAGUGAAAGCAAAUGCAGAUUUAAAAAAAAAAAAUCGAAGAGAAUUUAUCACCUGUAGACCUGCCUUUAGAAAAUAUUAAAGGAGUUUGUAGGCAGCAAGAAAAUGACACUAAGUGGAAAUACGGAUGUCUGUGAGGAGAUGAGUCUGGAAAUAUGUUUGUGGGUAAAUGAAAAGAUUUUCUUCUCACUUUUGGAGUCUUUUAAAAAGGUAACUGACUGCUUGAAGCCAAAGUAAUGACAAUGAAUUUGGGGUAGAACUCUAUUUAGAAGUGUGUGUGGCAAGUGACACUUCAGUGUGAAUCUUCAGAGGCGGCUGACUGCACAGCAUCAUCUGGGUCGGAUCCUGGUCUCAGGACUCUGGGUGGUUCGGGGGGUGUCUGUACUGAGGUGCUGUGCUAAGGGGGCUCACUGGUCCUGGCAUCUGUCCGUACUCAAUGCCUGGCCCUUGGAGCCAUCUCCCUCCUCUCUGCUCUGCCCUCUGUGAUGGCGCCCAGGGCCCCAUGGUCCAAGGAAGGCACUGGUAAGAGGCCACCGUCAGAGCAGAGGCUGGCCUGGUUACUGCUCGCCCUCGCUGGACCAUGGCCCUGGCCAUCCUCAGUCCCCAUGUGGCGGCCCCACUUCUACCAGCAGCUCCAGGGAGUGACGCCCCAUGCCCUGUUGGUCAGACUUAUGGUGCUAACUGCUCCUGGUGCUUCUUUGUCCUUGGCCACCUUCCUUCACUAUGUAAAUAUUCUCUUUAUUAAAUUUCUUGAGUUAAAAUCUCUGGUGUGUGCUUGGU